GAUAGAAGAUUAAUUAUGUUAUAUGUAAUUAACUAUAGAUAAGUGAGGGUUCAACAAGUGAUCAACUUGUGACUUCAUUUCCAACCUAGCACAAAUAAUAAUAAUAAUUGAUUGGCAGAAUAUCAAUGAACUUUGAAAAUUUUGACAUGCAGGACUGCAUGAUCAUAACCAAAGCUGUGAAGUCAAGAAGUGCUGAGAAUGUGGAGAAAGUCAUAGCCUCUCUGUUGAGUCAUGGGCAUGACAUCACUCAACACCUCUGCACACCUGAUCAACAGGGCUACUCUGCUCUUCAUUAUGCUGUUUUGUACAAGGAUCUUGCAAUGGUGAAGAGACUUCUCAUGCAUGCAGAUAAAAGGUGCAUAAACUUGGAGAGUCAUGAUCGAUCCACUGCUCUGCUGCUUCUCUGUAGAAACUGCUCAGCCUCAGACCUGGAGGAAGAAAUAUUGGCGAGCCUUCUACAUGCUGGGGCAAAUCCCAACCUGCCUGGAAAAGAUCCAUUUUCUCUGCCCUUAUUGUGCGCCUUGGAGAGACGCUGGUGGCGAGGAGCUGAGCUAAUGCUGGACGCAGGGGCGGACGCCACAGCCACGGAUUCUGAGCACAAUAAGCGUCCAGCCACAUUCUUUGCUCGGGAUAAUGUCGAAAUACUGAUGAAACUUUUGAGUGGAGGAUGUGACUGCCCUGACCUCUAUGAUUGGAUAAUUAGUAGAAGUCUCACAGAUGCCCAGUUGAAGACCAUAUUCCCGCACAUAUUGUCUCACCCUGGGAUUAAUAAGCUGGAUGUUCUGCGUGGUGCUGUCUGGGUAUCAUACCACGAGAGCGCUGUGUACAUUCUGGAGCAUUGCGAGUUUUGCACGAUGUAUCAAUAUACGCACAUAAUAAGUGAUAUCUUAAAACUUAACAAUGGAAUCAACUGGGCGGACAAGAACAAGUAUAUAACUGCAUUAAUGAAGAACAUCUUCAUGAGUAAAUUGGACAAGAACGACUUGCUGACCUCACUUUUCUUGCAAUGCGCCAGGUGCUGCUGGAUGAAUAAAGUCGAAGACUGUUGCGGUUCGUGCGACGUCAAUGUCGAACAAAUCUGGAUCAAUUUGGAACAUAUUCUUAGACUAGCCGAGCACAAUGGUCUACCCAUCGAAAAGUGGAGGCUAAGCGGAAGACUGCCUAUAACACAAUGGGAGUGGUUGGGAAUAGAUCAUAACGUCCUCAACCUUGUGCUGUACGAGACGACUUUGUGUUCGGUUCCUCUCGUCUUGAAGCUCCUGCCACUGAUGAAACAGGACGGUUGCCGGCUGACAGUGUCAUCUGCGGCAGCAUUCUUAUGUAGUCGAUGCAUACGUCGCCUAAGCCUAAGCCUUCAAAAAACUGACGUUGAUAUCCAAGCUAUUGUGCACUCGCCGGAGUCACCGUAUCGAGUUCUGUUAUCAGAGCUGACCAGGAACUGCUGUGAAGAGGGACGGUGCUGGUUCAGGUCGCCCAUGAUGACGGGUUUGUGUAGGCGUGGCAUUGAAUUUGGAUGUCAUUUCCGUGUGCUUAUGCUGCUCCAUCUCGGCGUGCACGAAUUAUUCCUGAAGAUUCGACAAGAGAAAAUAUCCUGGAAUAUCGAGACAGAAAUUACAAGGGCGCCUGCUGGAAGUAGGCGGCUCGUGUUCUCUAUUGUUCACCGUUAUGCUCCGAGGUGGAAGCUUCGGACUCGAUGCCGUGACGAAGUGAGGCGGCCGUGGAAAUAUCGCAAUCGUCCAGAAAACGUAGUGGCCAGUAAAUUAAAUCAAAUGGCGCCGCUGCGGUCGCUGAAGGAGCUGUGUCGCCUCUCCAUCCGCGCCUCCCUCGGCCACUGCAGGAUUGAAGAGAAGACGGAAGGCUUGCGAGACGUGUUGCCAGCUCCUCUUAGAGAAUACCUUUACUUCCGCCACGACUUCCUCAUCUUCCCGAGGAUUACUCAACUUCCCAUUUAAUGCCUGUUACCGUUGAUAACAACUCAACUUGCCUGGUCCCGUUGAUACGGUGCCAUGUCUUGCCUGGGACCGUUGAUACGGUGACUGGUCUUGCCUGGGACCGUUGAUACGGUGACUCGUAUUGCCUGGGACCGUUGAUACGGUGACUCGUCUUGCCUUGGACCAUUGAUACGGUGACUGGUCUUGCCUGGGACCGUUGAUACGGUGACUGGUCUUGCCUGGGACCGUUGAUACGGU